UAGGCAACCACUAAACUGCCUUUCCUCAGGAGGGUUAUGAAAGCAAAACUGUGUUGUGUGUAUUAUAUAGGAUUACUUUGGACCUAAAAAAGAAGAUGUGCAUUACCGGUUAUACAUUGGAAUUAUGUAAACUAACUGACAAGUGUGUUAACGUGUUUCAUGUAAACAAAUUUCACUGGAGUUUCUAAUACAGCCAUGGAGAUGUCCACAUCCCUCAAGAUGAGCUCCGUGAUCACCCAGAGUCUCUUCAGCUACGUGGAGGAGGAAAACCUAUCGGCUAUCAAAGCUCAUCUGGACAAAUACAGAGAAGUGGACACCAGAAGUGAUAAUGGUCAGACUCCUCUGAUGGUGGCGUCAGAGCAGGGCAGUCUAGAGAUCGUGCAGGAGCUCAUCAAGAGAGGAGCAAACAUCAACUUGGAUGAUAUUGACUGCUGGACUGCACUGAUUUCAGCUGCUAAGGAGGGACAUGCUGGGGUGGUGAAGGAACUGUUAGAGAACAAUGCUAAUGUCGAGCACAGAGAUAUGGGGGGCUGGAGCGCUCUCAUGUGGGCCGCUUAUAAGGGUCGUGAGGAAGUGGCACGUCUACUGCUGCAGAAAGGAGCAAACCCAAACAUCACUGGACAGUACAGUGUUUACCCAAUCAUCUGGGCAGCAGGAAGAGGUCAUGCAGAGAUAGUCCAGCUGCUGCUUCAGCAUGGAGCCAAAGUCAACUGCUCUGACAAGUAUGGCACCACACCCCUGAUCUGGGCUGCCAGGAAAGGCUAUUAUGACUGUGUGAUGCACCUUCUGGAGAACGGGGCCAAUGUGGACCAGGAAGGAGCGAACUCAAUGACUGCUCUGAUAGUGGCUGUACGUGGUGGUUUCACUGAGGUGGUGAAAGAGCUACUGAAGAGAAAUCCCAACAUGAAUAUGACUGAUAAAGACGGCAACACAGCACUGAUGAUCGCUACCAUAGAAGGCUGGACUGAGAUCGUGCAGGACUUACUGGACGCUGGCACAUAUGUCAACAUCCCUGAUCGGAGUGGUGACACUGUACUUAUCGGUGCUGUCAGAGGAGGCCAGGUGGAGAUUGUCCGAGCUUUGCUUAAUAAAUAUGCUGAUAUUGAUGUCACAGGCCAGGAUGGUAAGACUGCCCUGUACUGGGCUGUAGAGAAAGGAAAUGCAACCAUGGUACGAGACAUUCUGCAAUGCAACCCUGAUACUGAGGCCUACACUAAGGAUGCAGAAACCCCUCUCAUAAAAGCUACUAAGAUGAGAAACAUUGAGAUUGUGGAGCUGCUUCUGGACAAAGGUGCCAAGGUAUCAGCAGUGGACAAGAAAGGAGAUACAGCUUUGCAUAUUGCCAUUCGCGGAAGAAGUCGUAAACUUGCUGAGCUUCUCUUAAGGAACCCUAAAGAUGGCCGCCUGCUCUAUCGACCUAACAAAGAGGGCGAGACUCCUUACAACAUUGACUGCACUCACCAGAAAAGCAUCCUCACCCAGAUAUUUGGAGCCAAGCACCUGUCUCCCUCUGAGUGUGAUGGUGACAUGCUUGGUUAUGACCUGUACAGCAGUGCUCUGGCUGACAUCCUCAGCGAGCCCACCAUGCAGCCGCCCAUCUGUGUGGGGCUCUAUGCCCAGUGGGGCAGUGGCAAGUCCUUCCUGCUGAAGAAACUGGAGGAUGAGAUGAAGACAUUUGCAGGGCAGCAGGUGGAGCCGUUGUUCCAGUUCUCGUGGUUGGUAGUGGUUUUGACUUUGCUGCUGUGUGGAUCUGUGGCUCUGGUCCUGGGCUUCACUGUUGACCCGAAGCUGGCCAUCGCUGUGGCCCUCAGCCUGCUCGCCCUGAUGUACAUCUUCUUUGUUUUGGUGUACUUUGGUGGAAGGAAAGGAGGGGAGGGUUGGAGCUGGGCCUGGGUCCUCAGUACUAGACUGGCCCGUCACAUCGGCUACCUGGAGCUGCUGCUCAAACUCAUGUUCGUCAAUCCCCCUGAGCUUCCAGAACAAACCACCAAAGCCUUGCCCGUCAGGUUUCUGUUCACAGACUAUAACCGUCUGUCAAGUGUGGGAGGGGAGACGUCCAUGGCGGAAAUGAUAGCCACACUGUCCGAUGCUUGUGAGAGAGAAUUCGGCUUCUUAGCCACCAGACUCUUCAGAGUCUUCAAAAAUGAUGAAAAUCAAGGAAAAAAGUGGAAGAAGACGUGCUGUGUGCCUUCCUUUGUGCUCUUUGUGUUGACGACUGGUUGUCUUAUCACUGGCAUAACCCUGCUGGCCAUCUUUAAGGUGGAUGCAGAGAAUUUCACCAUAAACGCUGUUCUGAUCGCUAUGGCCAGUGUGGUGGGUCUGGCUUUGCUGCUGAACUGUCGAACCUGGUGGCAGGUGGCUGACUCUGUGCUGCACUCGCAGAGGAGGAGAUUGCUCAAUGCUGCCAACAGCAUGCACAAGCUCAAGAGUGAGGGAUUCAUGAAGGUUCUGAAGUGUGAAGUGGAGCUCAUGGCAAAAAUGGCCAAAACAAUUGAUGGUUUCACUCAGAAUCAGACCCGACUGGCUGUCAUCAUUGAUGGCCUUGAUUCCUGUGAACAGGACAAAGUACUGCAGAUGCUCGAUACGGUUCGAGUGCUCUUCUCUAAAGGCCCCUUCAUCUCCAUCUUUGCCAGUGACCCUCAUAUCAUUAUCAAAGCCGUAAACCAGAACCUCAACAGUGUUCUACGCGACUCAAACAUUAACGGCCACGACUACAUGCGAAACAUCAUCCACCUGCCGGUGUUCCUCAACAGCCGUGACCUCAGCACUGCCAAGAGACUCUGCAUCACCUCACCGGCCAAUGCAGACCAACUUAACACUGACGCAUGGCAAGACGACAUGGACAGGAUGUUGCCUCAAAACAAUCUUGGAGAGCAGGGCAGUAAAACGGCACUGAACCGCAGGGAAACGUACCGUAGAAGACAGAUGCAGCGUACCGUCACACGGCAGAUGUCCUUUGACCUGACCAAGAUGCUGGUCACCGAGGACUGGUUCAGUGACAUCAGCCCUCAGACUAUGAGGAGACUACUCAACAUUGUCUCCGUCACAGGUCGUCUCCUCCGAGCCAAUCAGAUCAUAUUUAACUGGGAUCGGCUGGCAUCAUGGAUCAACCUGACGGAGGAGUGGCCAUACCGCACAUCCUGGAUCAUCCUCUUCCUAGAGGAGACUGAUGGAGUCUCAGAUCAGGUCACACUGAGGAUCAUCUAUGAGAGGAUCUCUAAAAGCAUCCCGACAACCAAAGAUGUGGAGCCCCUGCUGGAGAUCGAUGGUGAUAUUCGUAGUUUUGAAGUGUUUCUUUCCUCGCACACUCCUGUUCUCACCGCUCGCGAUGUGGAGAUGUUUCUACCCUGCACUGUCAACCUGGAUCCCAAACUAAGGGAGAUCAUUGCAGAUGUGCGAGAUGCACGCGGGCAGAUGCACCUUGGAGGAGUCAGCUAUCCCACAAUGCCCCUGCAAGAUGCUUCGGCCCAGCCGCAGUCUGUGUUUGGGCAGCACACUUUGGACUGCUCUCCCACAGGCUCUUUCCCUGGUUCUUUCCCCUCUGCUGGAGUGCUGACACCUGCCCAGCCACACAGCAGCUACUUCAGUGGGCUUACCGGCCCCCAGCAUCCCUUCUACAACCGGCCUUAUUUCCCUCAUCAUGUUUAUCACCUGCCUCGCCAUUACCCAGACAACCCCCAUCACGCCCCUUCACACCCACCUACUAAACUCCAUAAGGGCCCCAGCAUGGGACUAGGUAUAAUCAGAGAGGACUCCAGUGAGGGUCUUCCCUCUCCUACAUCCACCUCUAUGAUCAAAUCUCAGCCCUUCAGUGUGAAGCAGGUCUCUGGUUCUGGGGUUUCUAGUGGGCCUCAAGUCCUCCUCAGUUCCCUGAGCAUUGAGGGUGUGUGUGAGAAACUCAAACAGAUCCAGGGCCUGGACUCUAGCAUGCUGGAUGAGUACAUCAGCACAAUCAAAAAGGCCAAUGUGAUCGGUCGGGUUCUGUCUCAAUGCAACAUCGAUGAGCUCAAGAAGGAAAUGAACAUGAACUUUGGAGAUUGGCAUCUCUUCAGAGCAAUGGUUUUAGAGCAACGUCAUAUGGAGAACCAGCUGUUGCAUGAUGAAUCUGGAGCAUGCAGUGAGCAGGGUAGCAGCGUGAUGACUCAACAUGAGCCUCAUAGACCUUCUCAAGCACCACAAGACAUCAACCCAGAAAACUUCACGUAUAGCCUCAACCUGAGCUUUGAAGAGCUCAGCAGUGUGGGGCUGGAGGAGUCCGCCAGACAACACAAUGCCCAAUGUCUGGCCAACAAUCACAUGAUGGCCAGUAUUUCCAGCCUGAACUCUCAGGAAUCUUCCAAUGACAUCUGUUUGCUGACUGAUAAACAACAGGCUGAAUAUCGCAACGCCUACCAGGAGUACAUCACCCACAUGGCCCAGCUGGAACUCUCUGUUCCUGGAGGAGAGAGUUCUGCUAAAGCCCCGACCAACCAGUUCCUCCAACCCAAUUCUGAAGACAAGUCUAUGGAGAAUGAGCACAAGGGAUGCAAACCUUUGACAAAAAAAGGCUCUAAACCUGGAGACAGUGUGACCGAUUUCUCCUUAACACCAGAUGGUGGCCUCCUAGAUCCCAUCACGGAGGAGGAUGAGAAGUCGACGGCAGGAUCUGCCAGUAAAAUCCCACUCAGACGCAAACCCAAAGGCCAGGGACCGAGUUACCACAGUGUGCCCAGCGAUGAAGAGGAGACAGGGGACGAGGAGACUGAUGCCACCCCACUGCUGAGGGAGGAAGACUGUGCUACUGAGCAAGAUUUUGGUCUCUUAGCCAAGAGGAAAAGCUUCAUUUCAGACAUUAUGCUGGACAAGAAAUCAUCUGACUCUGAUGUGAGGUCCAGCAGGAGCUCAUCUGAUCGCUCACUACAAGCUGAAGAGAUUGAUCCAGCUCAGGAGAAAGAGGAGAAGUCCAUUGAGAAGAAAAAGGAGGAGACCCAUCUGAUUGAGCUAGUUCUUGAGAGUCCGGUAAAGAAGCGAGUCCUACCACAUAGGAUGAGUAACCUGCAAGAGGAGGCUGUGGCCCGGAUGUCCAUCUGUUCUGAUGCUCCGUCUGAGAGCAGCCUUCUGACCAGCAGCCCAGAGGAGAGCUGGCCUGCUUCAGCUGUGAACAACCUCAACUGCUCACCUGAUAAUGCAACACUCAACAACAUUAACAACAGCAGCCAGCAGUCUGUCCUGCAGCAGGAGAAACCCAUCUCCACUGACUCCCCAUUACUCAUUAUAGGGCCCGGCUCCAGCACCGAGACCACACCGCUGCCCAACCAGAACCUGCGUGGAAUCCACUUGAAGAGAGCAGCAUCGACCGCGGCUGCAAUCGAUGCUUCUGAGGAACGAGAAAGUGUUCUGUAAGAACCAAAUGCAAAGGUAUAGUUCAGCCCAAAAGGAAAAUUCUGUAAUCAUUUACUCACCCUAAUGCUGUUCCAAAACCAUAUGAAUGCCUUUUUAUUUUUUUAUUUUUUUUCUCAGCCUUCACUUUCUUUGCAGGCUAACAUUCUGCCUAAUACCUAUUGCAGUUUGGAACAACAUGAGUGUGAGUAAAUGAUGACAGAAUUGUCAUUUUUGGGUGAACUAUCCCUUUAAAUCAAUGUAAAGCAGUCUAAUGAGUGGCAAACUUGUGCAUUAUAGUUGUGUGGAGAGUCUGCAUUCAUUCAACUUUUUAAAACACUAUUAGAUUCGAAAACUUGGAUUAGAUUCUUUGAAGACUUUACUGAUCAGUUCAAAAUCAUAAUAAAUGUGCUCUUAGUCAGAGCAGUAGUGCAGAAGUAGCAUGUGUGCUCUUGCGAAAUUACAGCUCAUUAGAGUCCAGACUGCGUCAACUCCCGAACAUAUUUUCAGCUCUCCUCACCCUUCAUUUUCCUGUCUAAUAAAACACAUCGGUCCAAGAAAGUGCUCCUAAAUUGACUGGAGUAGGGAAAAAGGAAUAGACAUGUUGUAGCUCUUGUUUGAGUAGUGUUAAAGGGAUAGUUCACCCAAAAAUGAAAAUUCUCUUAUCAUUUACUCACCGUCAUGCUAUCCCAGAUAUGUAUGACUUUCUUUCUUCUGAUGAACACAAACAAAGAUUUUUAGAAGAAUAUUUCAGCUCUGUAGGUCCAUACAAUGUGUGGGCCCCAAAAAGCAUAUAAACGCCACAUAAAAGUAAUCCACACGUCCCAAGUGGUUUAAUCCAUGUCUUCAGAAGCGAUAUGAUAGGUGUGGGUAAGAAACAGAUCAAUAUUUAGGUCCGUUUUUACCAUAUAUUCUCCUCACUACCCAGUAUGUGGCGAUAUGCACAAAGAAUGCAAAUCGCAAAAAAACAAAAGAAGAAUGUGAAAGUGAAAGUGGAGAUUGAUCUUUUUCUCACCCACACUUAUCACAUUGCAUCUGAAGACAUGGAUUAAACCAAUGGAGUCUUAUGGAUUACUUUUAUACUGCUUUUGUCCUUUUGGAGCUUCAACAUUUUCGUCACCAUUCACUUGCAUUGUGUGGACCUAAAAAGCUGAAAUAUUCUUCUAAAAAUCUUUGUUUUUGUUCAGAAGAAAAAGUCAUACAUCACUGGUAUGGCAUGAGAGUGAAUAAAUGAUGAGAGAAUAUGCAUUUUUGGGUGAACUAUCCCUUUAAAAUAUGUCGCAAUGAACAGUUUGUGAAGCCGUUCGUAGUUUCUGAUUUGUUAGAGCAAAUGUUAUUUCAUGCUGCUUUAGCAACAUUAAAGAUGUAGUGUAGUUCCUUAUUAUCAUCAUUUAGUAGAGUGGGGAUUUAACCACACAUAGAGUUGGUGUUUUUGCUGUGAUCGGUAUUAUAAAAGCUGUUACAUAUUUGUAAUUGAAUUGACCGGUUCAUUUUGGUCAUACCUCUAGUUUGUGUUUCAGCUUUAAAGUGUUUGGUUAAAACGAGUGAAUCUGUUUGUGCACAUCACCAUUACAUUAAGAGAAGGGCAAGAAAUAACAGUGGUUUCUGUGAGGCAUAUUUUGCAUGUAUGCCAAGUCAAGUGACAUUUCCUCAAACAGUUUUGUCCUAUUUUCUCGUAGUAGGCUAAUAAAUCUGCUUUCUA